UCAUUUAUCUCACUUUACAGGCACAUUCUGCCUGACUUCGUCACUUCUAAUAUGAAUAGUUCGUUGUCAUCAGGUGAAAUGGAGGAAUUAUUGAGGACAUUAACAUUCCCUGUGGUUAUUUACUUGCAUGGGAAUUCCUUUGAUAGGUCUCGUGCACACCGUUGCAAGAUGUACAAUGUAUUAUCAGCUCUUAAUUUUCAUAUUUUAGCAGUUGAUUAUCGAGGAUAUGGUGAUUCAAGUGGAUUUCCUACUGAAGUUGGCGUAAUUCAAGAUGUAAAAGAAUUGUAUAAAUAUGCUCGAAAAUUUGUUGAAAAAGAAAGAAUAUAUAUUUGGGGACAUUCCAUGGGGACUGGGUAUUUUUUUCCUUUGCCCGUAGCCAUGGAACUUAGUGAGGUUGGAUCGGCUCCUGCCGGGCUUGUUCUUGAAUCACCAUUUAAUAAUUUGCGCGACGAAAUACAUAAUCACUGGCUUUCGACUCCUAUACGACACUUGCCUUGGUUCGAUCAAAUUAUUAUUGAUCCGUUAGAAUAUUCUGGUCUCAAAAUGAGCUCGGAUAUACGCAUUACUAGGUUCUAUUUAGUUUUGUGUCCUAUAUUAAUUCUUCAUGCUGCUGAUGAUAGAGUUAUCCCUGUAGGCUUAGGAAAUCGUCUAUACAAAGCUGCCUUAUCUGCUGGUCGUGAAGCCACUUAUAUCGAAUUUGAAUCAAAAUACCACUUCGAGCACAAAUAUAUUUACAGAUCUAAAGAGUUGCCAUCGAUCAUUAAGUAA